CACUCGCAACUUCAGCCCUUCAACCUGAUGAAGUUUUCCUCUGAACUUUACAGUCAGCCCGGAUCAGCGCCCCGUUCAGCAGCAUGGCUCCAUCCAACAAGUGGUGGGUUUUGUGCGCCGUUUCGCUCUCCUGUGUCGCCCGUUUAGGGUCUUGCCGAAGAGAAGCACAUGGAGCACAGCCUGAGCUCUUCAUCUUCAGUGAGUUGUGCGCCCUGAAGGACGAGCCAGGGCCUUGCAAGGCCAUUAAGGACCGGUUCUUCUUCAACAUCGACACAGGACGCUGUGAGCUGUUUGAAUACGGAGGCUGUGGGGGAAACGCCAACAAUUUUGAGACCUUGGAAGCUUGUGAGGAAACGUGUGUCGUCUCAGAUGACAAGAACCCGUGUCAUUUGGACGAAGCUCCUGGUCCCUGUCGAGGGUUGGUGAAGCGCUACUUCUUUGACAGCAACAGUCAGCAGUGCAAGCCUUUCUUUUACGGCGGCUGCUUUGGGAAUGCCAACAAUUUCAAGACCUUGGCAGCAUGCAAGGCGAAAUGUCAGAAUCCAGAAGAACCCACUAAGGCAUCGGAAGUCUACACAAAAUCCAGUGUUGUGCAACCAACCAUAGUGACUGGGGAACUGACCAUAAAGGAACCUCAGGUGCAGCUGAAUGACUCUAGUAAAGAGCUGUGCUUCAGUCCUGUGGACAGUGGAACAUGUCACGGUGAAGAGGAGAGGUUUGCAUACAACCCCGAGACCAAACGAUGCCAGUUGUUUUCCUACAGUGGUUGCGGGGGAAACGAGAACAACUUCAUAACCCGGAGAAGCUGUUUUAAAAAUUGCAUUCGAAGAAGAAACGCUCAUCAACGGUUGAUCCGGAUAAAGAAGAAAAACAUCAACAACCUUGUUCAUCGUUCAAUCUGAACACUUUCUCUCUACAUUAAAUCCUGCACUGGUGGGGAGCCACCUGUAUUUAUGUGCAUAUUUUGUUUUUAGCUUUACUCAUAUCUAUUGUAUAGCUUUGUAGUGACUGAAUGGAGUUAUUAUCCACAUUAUUUCAAAACUCAUUGACAAAAAACACAGUUGUUUUGCCGAUGUCUAAGUAUAGCAGCUCUCUACAUUUACGCUCUGUUUUAUCUGUGCAUUUGUAUAAACGAUGACGUCUGUUUACUUUAACAGUUUCAAGGCACUGUUAGGAUCAUAGUGAUGAAAACAUUUCACUGUAAAAUUUUUUUUGUGAGACACCAAAGUUGCAGCAAAACAAAAUGAAUGCUUCUCCUGCGAAUUUACAGUGUAUAUACAGUAACUGAUGCUUUUCUACAAUGGUUUUGGUACAGCUCCGCUACUGUUAAUCAAUGCAGACAACAGCAUUAGCAGAUUAAAUUUGUGGACAACCCUUAUUAUAUAUAAUAUAAUAUAUAUUCUAGGAUCAACAAUAACAAUAAUAUAGAAUGUUUUCAGACAAACACGUUAAUCAAGAUGAACAUGCGGACACAGAUAUAAAUCAAUAUGAACAAAGUAACGACUGUUUUGAUUUUUGUUAUAUUAAACUGAACACGUUUGUUCUCUCUUUUUAAUCAGUAUUAUGCACUUUCGUAAAUCAUCAUUGCAGCCCUGCCGGUGUUGUUGGCAAGGACAAACAGAGGGAGGCAGUGUUGUGUAAAGUAAGUUUUCAAAGAAAGCACUGGUCUCUCCUGGCUGCACUGUAUCCACUGCAUGUUGUGAAUUAGACUGUAAGGUUCUAUAUAAUACAUUUGAACAACCUUUUUAUCUUUCCUCACGUUGUAUCUGUUUUAUUUCAAAUAUGUCUUUUUGUAUGUAAAGAUUAAUAGUAAAAUGCAAAUAGUGUUACAAUGGAGAUCCCAUAGUUUCCCAUAGGCCUAACAAAUUCUUAAAAGCUUUUUCAGAAGAGCAAAAACAAUGUACGGCUUCAACAACUCAACAAUUCAAAAUCUGAGGAAGAAAAUGCAUUGACAAUGAUAAUGAUCAAGAUUCUACAGUUUUUAUCCCAUUGAAACAAUACCUUGAAAGUAAUUUUAAAAGUCACUAAAUGAAAGCCAACUGUGUCGAGCAACCUUUGCGGGCCUCUCUCUGUGGCUGUAGUUACCAGUGGAAAAACUGAUUCCAGUAUUUUGGAGAUUUUUUGAGGUUUUUUUUAGGAUAAAUAGAUGCAAAACAUAAAUGAUUCAGUAUUUCCCCAUGUAAUUCCUGACAGUUUGGACAAAGCUUUGCCAUAGCAUUUAGAUCGUUAGGUUGGAAAAUAAAAUUUACACAAUAAGCCUACCUUAAAGCUGCACAAGUCAAUACAAUAUUUCAUAUUAACAUCACGUCCUUGUCUCCUGUGAGAAUAAUCACAGGACUGUGCAGUUCCCCUCAGCUCAUCAGAGUAGGCUAUCUGAGUGUCUUUCAGCUCAUUGUUUUGGUUUUACAGCACCCAAUUUUACUGUUUAACUCCGUCUAAGGCCCAAUCCCAUUGUCCACCCUCACAGACUCACAGACUUUGAGGCGCGUUCCCGGGAAGUGCGUGAGGGCUUAGGGCUUAGGGGGGGACAUUGGGAUAGGGUCUAACUGCUCUGAUAAACAUGGUUACUUACACUACCUGCCCAGCACAAAAUGGCAGACUAGCUGUGAACACAGUCAGCAAGAUUUUUCCCUCAGGAGUUGGUGGAGACCAAAACAGAGGUAAGAGGAGAGUGAAUAUUGGAGUCAUGUUCCAAACAAAUGCUAAUGUUGCUCAAUAUCUGCUGGAUGUAUGUAACAUGUUUACCAACAACUGUAUUUUUGGUUUAUAAUGUUGUGUUUUUAACUUUACUGGUAACAUUUAGGGAAUAAACCACUCAGCUUUAAUAAAAAAAUCCAAAUGGUUAAA